AUGACCGAAUUCGAGUCUUCAGCAGAAAUGUUCUUCCUGCCAAAAAAGGCCACUCCCCUGUGGAUGUUAAUGUGGAAUGCGUACAAUGACAAGGUCCUUUUGCUUCUUACCGCCGCGGCCGUCAUUUCUCUUGCUCUUGGCCUUUAUGAAACAUUUGGUACUGAACAUGAGGCUGGUGCCCCUACUCCGGUCGAUUGGGUGGAAGGUCUUGCCAUCUGUGUCGCCAUCAUUAUUGUGGUUGGAGUGGGAUCGCUGAAUGAUUGGCAGAAAGAACGAGCAUUUGUUCGACUCAAUACGAAAAAGGAAGAUCGAGAGGUCAAGGUGAUCCGAUCCGGGAAAUCAUACAUGAUCAAUGUACAUGACGUUCUGGUUGGAGAUGUUCUAUUCCUAGAACCGGGCGAUUUGGUACCUGUUGAUGGCAUCUUCAUCCACGGACACGAGUUAAAGUGUGACGAAUCUUCCGCCACGGGCGAAUCUGAUGCCUUGAAGAAGACAGGAGGCGCAGAAGUCUUGAAGCUUCUUGCAGAUGGCCACAGCAACAUCAAGGAUCUCGAUCCAUUCAUCAUUUCCGGCGCCAAGGUCCUGGAAGGCGUGGGGACUUUUGUCUGCACCUCUGUCGGAGUCAAUUCAAGCUUCGGAAAGAUUAUGAUGUCUGUGCGCACGGAAAUGGAAUCGACGCCGUUACAAAAGAAAUUGGAAGGUCUCGCAACCGCCAUAGCGAAACUUGGCAGCACCGCAGCAGCUUUACUCUUCUUCGUCCUGCUCUUCCGCUUUCUCGGCAGCUUAUCGGGAGAUUCGAGGACAGGGGCUGAAAAGGCUUCAUCCUUUAUGGACAUUCUCGUUGUUGCCAUUACCGUGAUUGUUGUUGCUGUGCCAGAAGGUCUCCCACUUACGGUGACUCUCGCUCUGGCCUUUGCUACCACCAGGUUAUUGAAAGGAAACAAUCUUGUCCGCGUUCUCCGGGCUUGCGAGACCAUGGGCAACGCUACCACUAUUUGCUCCAAUAAGACUGGUACCCAAACAACGAACAAGAUGACGGUUGUUGCUGGGACAUUUGGAGAUGCAAGUUUUGGGAAAUCCAAUGACGAAAACGUCAAAACAGCAACCGAAUUUGCCCGUGGCCUGCCUAAGCCCACUCGCGAUCUCCUUAUCCAAUCGGUUGCCAUUAACUCCACAGCCUUUGAGGGUGAGGAACAUGACAAAUCCACAUUCAUAGGAUCCAAAACCGAAACUGCUCUGCUACAAUUUGCCCGAGACAACUUGGGAAUGGGCCCUAUUUCAGAAGAAAGAGCCAACAGUGACAUUGUGCAACUGAUGUCUUUCGACUUCAGCAAGAAAUGUAUGGGAGCUGCGGUCAGAUUACCUUCGGGAGGAUAUCGAAUCCUCGUCAAAGGCGCCUCGGAAAUUCUCUUGGACCACUGCAUUCAAUACGCGGACAUUGAAACGCAACAAACCUCAGAGUUGACGAAACCCAUCCGCACGUCAUUGGAAAACACCAUUACUGCUUACGCUAAACAGUCCUUGAGGACCAUUGGACUUGUCUAUAAGGACAUUUCACAAUGGCCCCCGGAAGGGGCAAGAUCCAAAACCGACCCCAGCAGCGCGGAUUUUGGUUCGGUUCUCACGGGGCUUGUCUUUGUAGGUGUCGUUGGAAUUCAAGAUCCGGUUAGACCGGGAGUACCUGAAGCUGUUGCAAGGGCCAAAUCGUCUGGUGUGGUUGUCAGAAUGGUCACCGGUGACAAUGCCGUGACCGCUCAAGCCAUCGCCACCGAAUGCGGUAUUUACACCGAUGGUCUCAUUAUGGAGGGCCCGGUGUUCAGAACACUUUCCGACAACGAGAUGGGAUUGAAGCUUCCCAAACUCCAAGUUUUGGCGCGCUCAUCACCCGAAGACAAAAGAAUCUUAGUCGCAAGACUUCAAAGCUAUGGAGAAACUGUAGCUGUUACCGGAGACGGCACAAACGACGCUCCUGCUUUGAAAACGGCUGAUGUCGGGUUUUCAAUGGGAAUUGCCGGAACUGAGGUUGUCAAAGAAGCCUCUUCGAUUGUGUUGAUGGACGAUAACUUUACAUCUGUCCUAACGGCGCUGAAAUGGGGACGUGCUGUUAAUGAUGCCGUUCAAAAGUUUCUUCAGUUCCAAAUAACUGUUAACAUCACCGCGGUACUCCUUACGUUCAUUUCUGCUGUGACCAGUAGCAAGAUGGAAUCGGUCCUUACAGCCGUUCAACUGCCCUGGGUGAAUUUGAUAAUGGACACCUUCGCUGCACUCGCAUUGGCGACCGACCCUCCGACCGAAAAGAUCCUCGACCGCCCACCCCAGCGAAAGGGAGCAAGUCUAAUCACCAUCAGCAUGUGGAAAAUGAUUACCGGGCAGGCUAUUUUUCAACUCACUGUCACCCUCAUUCUAUAUUUUGUAGGCUCAAAAAUUCUAGGAUACGAUCAGUUCCGGGAUUUGGAGCUCUCCACGAUUGUAUUCAACACCUUUGUUUGGAUGCAGAUCUUCAACGAAUUCAACAAUCGCCGACUUGACAACAAAUUCAACAUUGUCGAAGGAGUUCACCGCAAUAAAUUUUUCAUCGCCAUCUAUUGCAUCAUGGUGAGAUCCCAAAUCGCCAUUAUUUUUGUGGGAGGAAAGGCAUUUUCCAUUACGGCGAUUGACGACAUAUGGUUUGAAGCCAUCGCAACAUUUUUAGGAAGACCAUUUGUGAUCUUGUACAAGACUUUCUCCCGUAACUUGUCGAGCGUGAUUUCUAUUUUCCAAAGGACGAGGAAUAGAGCUGAGGAAAGUGAUGGAAGUAUCAGUCCACCCGAAAUCGUGGUCACGAGUUCUUCGAAUGACAAAGGGCCAGGUAUGAGGUAUGUCGAGGAUGUAGAAAAAGGACGGGGACGAAAUUGGGGGGAUAUAUUGGUGGAUAAAAUGCAGGACCCUGGUGCCAAAAAUAUGGGGUUACUCGAACAAGAAUUUGCUUCGUUGACCAGUGCUCGUUCAAACUUGGACGUUCGAUCCUACGACUCAUGA